AUGCUGUUGCUGGCGGCGCUGCAGACGAUCCUGCUGCUGGGCACGCACUUGAGUGGCGCGUCGGCUGCUGACAAGGAUGUGGCACCAGUUGGCGAUGUAAAAACGGAUUUGCUGUCAUUGGAGCAGGAAAUUGGCGGCUCUGCGGUGCGGGAUGGCUCUGCUUCCGUGUGGAAUCUGCUUCCGGCGGGGCGGCGACGUCGGAGGAGGCGUGGCCUCUUCUUCAGCGGCAGCAUCAGCGGGUUUCCCUUCCUCAACUGGGCCAGUGGCUACUCGUGGGCCGGCUAUCCAGGCUAUGCUGGCUACAACGGCUACUAUGGCCCACAAUCGCCUGGAUACUACGGCUAUGGCAGUGGCUACUAUCCCGGCUACCUGGGCUUUCAGAAAAUCAUUAUCGGAUAA